UAAACCCGACGAGGUCCAAUCAGCUGGUCCAGUCGGCCCCACACCGCUCGUAGUACGCACGUUCCGACACAGGGCUUCCACCGCGACUGUUGACACUUGCGUAGUAGCCGCGGAGCAGGCGGCUGGCUGGCGACCGACUCCGAUUAUUGCGCGAAACUUCCGAACGUACUUUGUGAACUUCAACUUUCGAACUUAGUUUCCGAACGAACUUUGUGAACUUUACAACAGUGUUGGAUACUACAGUGUGUGAUUUUUUGAUGAUGGAUUUGUCCUGCGGGGAGAAUAUCUCGACGUCGAGCGGCGGGCGGCUGGUGGCGGACGGCUGCGUGGCCGGGCCGGACCGCGCGCUGGACCGGGACCCUCGCCUCCUCCUGAACCUCCUGACCCUGGAGAGGGCCCACGCUCUCCACACGGACUACUUCCAGCACGUCCAGAUCGACAUCCAGCCCUUCAUGAGGAAAGUCGUCACCACUUGGAUGCUUGAGGUAUGCGAGGAGCAGCAGUGCGAAGAGCAGGUGUUCCCUCUGGCCGUGAGCUAUCUGGACCGGUUCCUCGCAGCCCGCGCCAUCUCCCGCCAGCAGCUGCAACUCCUCGCCGUGACUGCGCUCCUGGUAGCCUCCAAGUUCCGCCAGUGCCACCCGCUGCCCGUCGACCUGUUGUGCGCCUACACCGACCACUCCGUGCAGCCUGAUGAAGUCCGGCAAUGGGAGGUGAUGCUGCUGCAGCGGCUGAACUGGCAGCUGUCGGUGGCGACGGCCUUCGACUUCAUCGAGCCGCUGCUAGCCCGCGUGCCGUGGGGCCGCGCCAACCCGCUGGUCCGCACGCACGCGCUCACGCUCACCUCUGUCUGCUAUACUGAGACGGAGUUCCUGCUAGUGCCGCCAUCGCUGGUGGCGCUGGCGUGCCUGGCGGCGGCGGCGCGCGGGCUGCGCGUGCGCGCGUCCGUGGCCGAGCUGUGCGCACUCACGCGCACGCCGGCGGCGGCGGCCGAGCUGGUGGCGCGGCACGUGGAGCGGGUGCUGGCGCGGGAGACGCAGCCGCCCCCCGAGCCCCGCGCGCGCGCCCCCGCCGCCCCCAAGCACGCCCCCGCUGAACACACCGAGCUCUCCACCACGCCCACCGACGUACAAGAUGUACACUUUUGAAAUAUACAUAAAGCAUACUCAGCAUCAGCAUACCUAGCACGGGGCGUAAGAUCCAAAUGACUAGGUCUCAGGUCGCGCGAUCUGCGUGAUCACGACACAAAAAUUUGGUCAAGUCUUGUCAUAUGCGUCUGCGCUUCAUUCUAUGUAAGCUGAUGUAUUCGCAGGUGGGUCAACAAUGGAUGUUGCGUUAUAAAUCAUGGCGUUUUUGCGCGUCCACAAAAGGAAUCCGAAAGAAUAUCACCCCGAGUUGAAUCCGUUUCGAAAUGUUAGAAGAAUUGUCGAUUGAUCUCAGAUUUAUUUAUGUACAAUAAUACAUUAGAUUUACGUUAUUUAUUAGAGGUAGGCUUUGUUAAAUUGUAUUUUUAGUUUUGGAUACUUACGUGUGACAGCACUGUUUUGUCUAAGUUUGUUUUUACAGAUUUGAUCUCUGAUUGUUCCAAAAAGUUUUUAUAAGACUGAUUCCAUAAGACGGAAAUGUCUCUCAAGCUAUCGUUUACUGAACAUUUUCUAUACAUACGAGUAACAUCAAUUAAUUUAAGAUAUUAAUCACUUUCAAAGAAGAUUUCAUUUCAUUCCUUACAUGCAUUUUGCAAUCAAUGCAUUUCAGUUUUGUGUCGUAUUAUCUAUUCGUAGCUGUGCUUACAAGUUAUGUAAUGUCAAUAUCCAUAAAGUUAUUUUCUUGGAGUUGAAAUUGAAUUACUUAUGUAUUAGAAAAUGGGUUUCAUGAUGUGAGUAUUGUUAGUAACUUGUA